AGAGGAGAAAGAAGAAGUGGUUUCAGAGAGAAUCCAAAUUGGUCAAACUUACUCACCGUAAAAAACAAUGGGACUGCAAAAAUCAGUAGGGAGACAAAACGACAUCGUUCUGAGGUUGGCUCAGCACGUGAUCGCCACCACCGCCGCAAAAACCUCCAACCUUGUCUUCUCUCCGGCGUUAAUCAACGUCAUCCUCAGCUUUAUCGCUGCCAGAUCUCCCGGAGCCACCGCAGACAAGAUUCUUUCUUUACUUCAGGCAUCUUCGACGGAUAAGCUUAACGCCGUCUCCUCUGAGAUCGUCACCGCCGUCCUCGCCGAUAGCACCGCCACUGGCGGACCGAUGAUCUUGGCAGCUAAUGGCGUCUGGAUCGACAAGACUCUCUCUGUCGAACCUUCUUUUAAGGAUCUCCUGGAGAAUUCGUAUAAAGCUGCUUUCAAUCGAGUUGACUUCCGCACCAAGGCUGAUGAAGUGACAGAAGAGGUGAAUUCAUGGGUAGAAGAUCAGACAAAUGGACUCAUCACUAAUCUCCUUGCACCAAACUCUGCUUCUCCUCUGACUGAUGUCAUAUUUGCUAAUGCCUUGUUCUUCAACGGAAGAUGGGAUAAAAAAUUCGAUCCAUCUCUAACAAAAGAUUCCGACUUUCACCUUCUUGAUGGAACCAAAGUACGUGUGCCCUUCAUGACCCGUGACACCUUCGGAUUCCAUCUCGAUGUAUACGAAGGUUUCAAAGUCCUCAAUCUACCGUACAGAGAAGGAAGUGAUGAAGAAGACUGUCGUUAUUUCUUGAUGCAAAUCUAUCUCCCUGAUGAGAAAGAUGGGUUGCCUGCAAUGCUGGAGAGACUAGCUUCUACCCCUGGAUUCUUGAAUGACAAAGAGACCAUUCCUAACCACUGGGCGGAUAUCAAAGAACUCAAGAUUCCAAGGUUUAAAUUUGAUUCUGAUUUCGAAGCCUCUGAAGCUCUCAAGGCUUUGGGUUUGGAGGUGCCAUUGUCCAAGAUCAUCCACAAGUCUUACAUCGAGGUUGAUGAAGUGGGGUCGAAAGCUGCAGCUGCUGCCGCAGUAAUUGGUAUUGGCUGUUGUGGUCCUGCCCCAGAGAAGUAUGACUUCGUGGCUGAUCAUCCUUUCCUCUUCCUCGUCAAAGAAUACAGAAGCGGACUGGUUUUGUUCCUUGGUCAAGUUACUGAUCCUUCUCUGCAUUGAUUCUUAAGGCCAAAUUAAAGUCUUGUUAUGCAUUACUAUUAACUUCGCUUUAGUCCUAAAUCUUUUUUUUUUCUUUUUUUUUCUUUCUCUCUUUAAUAGACCACCUCCAUCCAUUAAAACCCUUUAAAUAGUCGUUGGACCUCGGGGUCAAGCCACUAGUUUUAUUUAUUUAUUAAAUUGGUAUGUUUUUGCUGAAUUUGACUUGAUUUA